CUUUGUUAAAAAUAAUAAUCUCUAUUUGCUUGAUAUUAUAGCUAAAUACAAUGUUAUCACGGUUGAAAUUUAUGGGUUUGGCUUCGCAUAGGACGACUGUGCUGCGUGCUCAACGGUCAAGAACCAAUUGCAAAUUUGUGUCCAAAUUUUAUGACAUGUUAGGCGGUGAAAAUCUAAAGGAUGCGAAUUUAGCGUCCUUAGCUAAGCUGAAGUCUUUCAUUAAAUACAGUAGCAUGAACACAAAUUUAAUGAAGGCAAGCUGUAUUAUGUUUUCAAUGUGAACGCAUUGAACGGAUACCUGACUUUGACUUUCUCAGUUAAUUUUCGGGCCACACUUUUUGAUUCCACUGGUCUCCCGCAUAUUUUGGAACAUCUAUCGUUAUGUGGAUCAAAAAACUACCCCGAGACCCAUUCUUUAAGAUGCUUAGUCGCUCUGUAGCAACGUUCAUGAAUGCCAUGACAGGUCCUGAUUACACAUUAUAUCAUUUAUUAAGCAAGAAUGAAGUGGACGUUAGGAAUUUACAGGAACAUAUUUACUUCGAUGCAGUUUUCAAGCCCUAACCUUGCGUAUUUGGAUUUUCUUCAAGAGGGUUGGCGAUUAGAACAUAAGGACUUACAUAAUCGGAAGUCCGAACUUGUUAUCAAGGGUGUGGUUUAUAAUGAAAUGAAAGGCGCGUUUUCUGAGAACUCUCUAGUUUUUGGACAGAAUCUUCUCAAUAAUAUUUUACCCGACCACACAUAUGGACACGUAUACGGUGGAAAUCCAUUGGAGAUACCUAAAUUAACGCACGAGGACUUGAUUGAAUUCCAUCGCAAAUACUAUCAUCCAAGUAACGCCCGAAUCUACUCGUAUGGUUCUUUCGAUUUGACAAAGACGCUCGCGCUUAUUGAUAAAGAAUAUUUAUCUCUACACACCAGAAUAGACAACUCUUAUAGCCGUAUCCCUCUUCAACAGCGAUGGUCACAGCCACGACACGUACACAUUUCCAGCAGACUGGACAAUAUGGGCGCUGCUUUCGAUCGACAGAACCAAAUUGACAUUGCUUUGAAUAUGUGCGAGACUACCAAAAUAUAAGAAACGUUUGAAUUAAACGUCCUAUCCGAAAUAUUGAUCCGGGGACCUAACUCUGCGUUCUACAAGAGCACAAUAGAACCCACAUUUUCCGGGGGCUACAAUCAGAGCACUGGGUAUUCUUUAGAUACCAAGGAUACGUUUUUUGUCCACAUUUUGGUAAUGCUUUGUUAUUUAACUCAACAGCACUCUGGAACCAUGAUGGCGAUGUAAAGAGCACAAAACUAAUGAACUCGAUAAUGAAAAGUUGGAAGAAAUAUAUCAGAAUGGGUUGAAAUUGCACGCCUCUCAAAAGGCCACACCGAAUACUCACCUUUUGCCCUCUUUAACGCUAAGCGAUUUGUGAGAGAAUACGUC